ACCAUGUAACCACAUAUCGAUGCUUAAGCAUGUAAAUAUCAGUUGAAUAAAGUGGAUCUUAUCGUAGGGAUUAUUUAACAAACAGAUUGUGUCUUAUAAAACAAAUUUCGUUAUAAUAACUGUGGAUUAUAAGCCUCGAAUAUAGGAACAAACUCGUGCCCGUUAAAUAUUAGCUCCCAUCAUUGAAAUGGUGAAAAUAUCAGUAUGUGCUCACAGAAAUGUCGCUGUUCUGUUUGGUUUAGUGUGUUUAAGUAUUUUUGGUUUGACAUCAUGUAGUCAGGAGGUGGUGACCAAUUCAUGGCUAGUGGAACUAUCUCAAGGGGGAGAAGUGGCGGCCCGAGAGGUCGCAAAACGUUCAGGCUUCACAUAUGUGUCUCCGGUGCUAGGCUCAGACACAGAGUUCCAUUUCGUCCACAAUGCUGUCUCCAAGAGCAGAUUCAGACGCAGUGUCGUCCACACUAGAAAGCUCAAAUCUCAUCCAUUUGUAAAACGCGCAGUUCAGCAAACAGGUUUUGUUCGUUCCAAACGAGGCUACCGACCUCUUGCGGGGGUACCAUUAUCAGAUCUGCGGCUGAAGAACCCGGAUAUAGCCGAGUUACUCAAGGACGAAAAAGACGUCGUCAUCACGAAAGACCCGACUGAUCCACUUUUCGGCAAGGAAUGGUUUUUGAAAAACCGCGGCCAGUCUGGCGGCAUACCCGGUCUUGAUCUCAACGUGGAAGCGGCGUGGGAGAUGGGAUUCACCGGAAAGGGCGUCACCACCGCCAUUAUGGACGACGGUAUUGAUUAUCUCCACGAAGACUUGAAAAAUAACUAUAACGCUGAAGCCAGCUACGAUUUUAGCAGUAACGACCAUUUCCCGUACCCAAGAUACACCGACACGUGGUUUAACAGUCACGGCACCCGCUGUGCCGGAGAAAUAGCCGCAGCACGUGACAAUAACGUCUGCGGUGUAGGCGUGGCUUACGACUCCAAAGUAGCAGGCCUACGGAUGCUGGAUCAGCCGUUCAUGACCGACUUGAUCGAAGCUAACGCCAUGGGCCACAUGCCGAACCACAUCGAUAUAUACAGCGCCUCCUGGGGACCCACCGACGACGGCAAGACUGUCGACGGCCCGCGCAACCUCACCAUGAGGGCCAUCGUCAAGGGCGUCAACGAGGGCCGCAACGGGAAGGGAAACAUCUACGUGUGGGCGAGCGGAGACGGCGGCCAAGAGGACGACUGCAACUGCGACGGCUAUGCGGCCUCCAUGUGGACCAUUUCGAUCAACUCGGCCACCAACGACGGCCAAACCGCCGGAUAUGACGAAUCCUGCUCCUCCACGCUUGCCUCCACAUUCAGCAACGGCAAGAGCACCCUGAGGGACGCUGGCGUGGCAACCACUGACCUCUACAACAACUGCACCACCACCCACUCUGGGACCUCCGCCGCCGCGCCCGAGGCUGCCGGGAUUUUCGCCCUCGCCCUUGAGGCCAACACGAACCUGACUUGGCGCGACAUGCAGCACCUGACCGUCCUGACCUCCAAGCGGAACCGACUGUUCGACCCCUACCUAAAGCACUUCUGGCAGUACAACGGGGCGGGUCUCGAGUUCAACCACCUGUUCGGCUACGGCGUGCUGGACGCCGGCGCCAUGGUGUACAUGGCCAAGCACUGGAAGCCGCUCCCGGAACGCUUCCACUGCACCGCCGGGUCUGUGGUACAGAAAAUGUCUUUUGGGACGAACGAGCCCAUAACACUGACGAUCGACACGGACGCAUGCAAGGGUACGAAGAACGAGGUGAACUUCCUGGAACAUCUGCAGGCGUUCGUCACCGUCAGGUCAAGUUACCGUGGCAACAUUGUCAUCCACCUGACGUCACCCAUGAACACCACCUCCAUGAUCCUGAGCCAGAGACCAAACGAUGACGAGCACAAGAACGGCUUCACGCGCUGGCCCUUCAUGACGACACAUACGUGGGCGGAGGCGCCGAGUGGCACGUGGACGCUGCGCGUGGAGAACGUGCCCGGCAAGAACAACGCCUACGACGAGGGCGUGUUCCGGGAGUGGACGCUCGUGCUACACGGAACUCGCGACCCGCCUUACAAUCACCAGGAGGCGGACGAGCAGAGCCAGGUGAAACUGUUCAAAGUCAAGCGGAUGCACGAGGCGGCACAGAAGGAGUAGCGGCUUCCGGACGGAGCCGGCGAGCUACAAACGCUUGGCGACUGACGCUCUGGCGUUUCCGGAAAAUGUGCCGGACUUAUUUUCAUUUUGAACUUGAAGCUUGAAUGCAUGUUAAUGUUAAGUAUUAUAACAAUUUACAUUUACUGAGUCUCGAAUGAUAAGGUAUUAAUAUAAGGUAUUAAAACAUAAAGAGUC